GUUAUAUUCGAAUUCAACAUAAGUCUGAUUCUAUUUCUGUUUGGACCUCUCAAGCCCAACUUCCCUUAUUUCGUCAAUUAACCUUAAGACACUGACCAUUCCAACCUAGAUCUCAUUCGGCUCAGUGCCUCCUCUUCGGCGCAGUUCCGCAUCUAUCAAUCUAAUAACCAGGGUAGGUAAGUGGAAGCCUUAGAGCAAUGGAAGAUGCAGUCUCAUUGCUUGUCUCCUCUCCCUCCACGUGGAUCUCAAAGAAAAGGAAUCUGGACGAGUCCCAUCCGGAAAAUACCAUUGCGGAUGUGCAAAGCCAAUUUAUCACAAAGCCUUUGAAAGUGGAUGGAAAAAACUAUAACAGUGGGGGUGGCUCUGGUCGUAUUUCUGGGUUGCGUGUUUUCAAUGAUCCAUCGUUGAAAGUAAGAUUACCCGGCACAACACAUCAUCCGCUUCCAGUUCUCAUGGAAGAGAAGAAUAUUGCAAAAUAUCAAAGGAUUGUUGCUCUAAGCAAAAUGUCCCUUGAUUUUUUCGAGAAAAAUCAUCCAGGAGAGCAGUAUGAGUUUGACAGUCUGAAGGAUGUGAAGAGUGAGCCUAUUCAUGGCCUAACAUAUUUCAUCAUCUUUUUGGCAAAAAACAUGGGGCUAAAUGGUAGGCCUUCAGAGACAUUUAAAGCCCGAGUAAACUUGCUUAUGAAGGACAUCAAAGUGCUGGAAUGUGAGCUGAUAAACUAGCUUGGGUAUUGCUCUCGUAGCUGUUAAUUAAUACUAUUUAUGGAGUAUUGUUAAUGUUUUAAUGGUUACUACGGAGUAAUAGUAAAUAUAUUUAUGCGACACUUUGAAGUGAAGAAAUGUGAGCUGUUAAACUGGCUUGGGUGAUGCUUGCUUGGAUAUUGCUCUCGUAGCUGUUAAUUAAAUACUAUUUAUGGAGUAUUUUUCAUGUAUUAAUGGUUACUACGGAGUAAUAGUAAAUAUAUUUUUGCGACACUUCGAAUUGAAGAAAUGUGAGCUGUUAAACUGGCUUGGGUGUUGCUUUAGCGGCUUAGCCCUUUGGCUUCUAUUAAUGAGUAAUGAAAUACUGUUCACAUAAGUAUUUAAAUUAUGUUUCAAUAGUUGCCAAUGACAAAGCUCUCACUGAUGUCUAGCCUGUGCAUGUAUGUUGGUCGACUUUUUCUAGUUUGGUAGUUUAUUGCAUUUACUGGCCCCAACACACUCUGUGAAGUGUUGUAUGGUUUUUGUGGUCCAAAAUGGUUGGCAGGAAACUGAUAAACCUUGGUGUUUUGUUGGGAAAAUUGUAUUGUGUGGCCCAUGACUUGUAUUUC